AUGGAGCAAAAUCUAGGCGCGCUCCGGCGGACGUUGGACCGCUCCCUUGGCUCCACGCUCCUUAGCUUCGAGAAGCUUCUGCAGCACUAUGAAAGCCGAUCGCCAGAAGCGGACGUCCUUUUAUCUGUGGCCCGUAAGCGUGUCACAAAAUUGGUGCGCCACGGCCUCCAUCAACUCAUGACCCCCACCGCCGUCGAAUGGGCCAUCUACGCCGUCAACAGCACCGCUCUCUUGGUGGAGGAGGAAGCUGCCCGGGUAUUGGCCGCACAAGAAGGCUCGGCGGAGAACAGCUUGGACGUUCCGAGUUUCCAAGACAUGCAACGGGAAGUGAUGCGACGCAUGGUGGUGGUGGCGGAGGACGUGGAGGCCUUGGCGCAGAACGUGAUCCAGAACCGCUGGUUUCGGACCGGCUACAGCGACGAAGAACUGAAACAGUUGGAGGCGCUCUUGCAUGCCCGGGUGGUCCCUCGUUUGCUCCUGGCCGUGGCGGCUGCGGUGUUGCAUGGCUGGCGCCCUUUACAAGACCCGCUCCUGACCCUCCUCGUG